AUGUCCGAACAGUAUGCAGGUGCUAUAGGGAUUGAUUUGGGCACAACAUACUCAUGUGUUGCAGUAUGGGAAAAUGAACGGGUUGAAAUUAUUGCUAACGAACAAGGGAACCGGACAACUCCUUCAUAUGUGGCUUUUACCGAGAACGAGCGUCUUAUAGGUGACGCGGCUAAAAAUCAAGCUGCUAUGAACCCAAAAAACACGAUAUUUGACGCGAAGAGAUUAAUAGGUCGUCGAAUAGAUGACCCUGAAGUAAAAUCUGAUUUAAAACAUUGGCCGUUUACUGUCACUGAUAGGGAUGGGACGCCCUUGAUUCAAGUUGAAUAUCAGGGUGAAAAGAAAUGCUUCACAGCCCAAGAGAUAUCAUCAAUGGUAUUGGUUCGAAUGAAGGAAAUUGCAGAAGGCAAACUUGGUAAAAAGGUCGAAAAGGCAGUAGUAACCGUUCCCGCUUAUUUUAAUGAUUCCCAACGUCUUGCCACAAAAGAUGCUGGUAAAAUUGCAGGUUUAGAUGUACUCAGGAUUAUAAAUGAACCUACGGCAGCCGCAAUUGCCUAUGGUCUUGAUUCGAAAGAGACAAAAGAAAAAAAUGUACUUAUAUUUGAUCUUGGUGGUGGUACUUUUGAUGUUUCUCUUUUGAAUAUCUCUGGUGGCGUUUUUGCUGUCAAAGCCACUGCUGGUGAUACACAUCUCGGAGGAGAAGAUUUCGAUAAUAAUCUUCUUGAAUUUUUCAAACAAGAUUUCAAGCGAAAGCACAAGCAUGAUAUUUCUGAUGAUGCUCGUGCCAUACGUCGACUAAGAAGUGCUUGCGAACGUGCAAAACGUGCAUUGUCUUCUUUAACUCAAACAACAGUAGAAGUUGAUUCAUUGUUUGAGGGUACCGAUUUCCAAGCCACCAUCACUCGUGCAAAAUUUGAGGAGCUAAAUUCUGCGCAAUUUAGUUCUACUCUUGAACCAGUUCGUAAAGUUUUAAAAGAUGCUAAAAUGGAAAAAAAGGAAAUUCAUGAAAUAGUUCUUGUUGGUGGUUCAACUCGUAUUCCUAAAAUUCAAUCCCUUCUCCAAGAUUAUUUCGAUGGAAAAGAAUUAAAUAAAUCUAUUAAUCCAGAUGAAGCCGUAGCAUAUGGAGCUGCAGUUCAAGCUGCGCUUCUUACUAAUCAAGCUAAUAAUCAGAAAACACAAGAUCUUCUGCUUUUAGAUGUGGUACCACUAAGUUUAGGAGUGGAAACACAAGGUGGAGUUAUGGCUGUAGUUGUUCCCCGAAAUACUCCAAUCCCUACUAUCAAAAAAAAAGUAUUUACCACUGCCGAAGAUGGACAAACCAUUGUAGAAUUCCCGGUUUAUGAAGGGGAGCGACCUAUGUGUAACGAUAAUAACCUACUUGGUGCUUUUGAAUUGUCUGGUAUUCCACCCAUGCCACGUGGAGAAGCCGAACUUGAGUGUACUUUCGAUAUUAAUGCAGAUGGUAUUCUCAAAGUUACAGCAAAGGACCGAGCAACUGGCAGGAAGGCUAAUAUUACAAUUUCAAAUUCGGCUGGUCGAUUAUCGGCGACUGAUAUUGAACGGAUGAUUGCAGAAUCCGAGAAAUUUAAAGAGGAAGAUAAAAAGAGCCAAGAAAGAGUGGAAGCCAGACAAGAACUUGAGAAUUAUGUUUAUCAGAUUGAAAACACACUUAACGAACCUAAUGUGGCUAUGAAAUUGAAACGAAAUGAUAAAGAAUCUAUUGAAAAUGCACUUUCAGAGGCACUUGAAUUUCUUGAUCUUUCUAAUGAUGCGUCAAUUGGCAAUGAUGAAAUUAAUGCAACAAGAAAAAAACUACAGCGUAGUGUAACUCGCGCUUUCGCUUCAUUAAAUCGUUAA